GAUGCUUGAAGCGCUGAACACUGGAGAUGCGCGGAGUCUUGCGCUCUCAACCCAACACAGCGGGCAUCCACAUCCUUAACUCAUGACUGCAGCAGCUGAAACCCUUUCUCUUUACCCAUAUGACACGGCUGUGAUGGAUCAAAGGAUUUUGCACAUCUGAACCCUUUGCGACAAGAAUUGCAACACGAGAUCUCACCACCAGUAUCCAAGUGUUCUCCAGCGCGCAAAGUUCACGCGCAUCUGAAGGAACUUUGGAGCGUGGGAAUCCGGACUAAUUUUAGACUUUGUAACCUGGCACAAUUUCAUCUCCAGGAAUCCCUUUUCCAGUUGAUUUACACUGUGUUCUCUCAGUAGGUGAUGCUUUUCUCGGGCUCGUUUUGGCGCAAAGGGAAAUUAUCCGCGCCCGGGUGUUAUUUCUCACAAUGAGAAGCAAAUGAGAACGUUAUCCCAUCACUUUUAUUGACAGCACAACGACAGGAUGAAAGAGAGGGAGCUGCAGUGUGUGGGCAGGAGAUUGUUGCUUUUGGGCAUCUGUCUGCUGUCUCUUUGGGGUCAGCUGAGUCUGGCAUCAACACACCGCAGUCAUAUUGUGCACGUCAAAGCAGGAACCUGUGAGGUCAUCGCAGCCCACCGCUGCUGCAACAAGAAUAAAAUUGAGGAACGUUCCCAAACUGUCAAGUGUUCUUGCUUCCCCGGGCAGGUCGCUGGGACGACAAGAGCAGCUCCCUCCUGUGUGGAUGCUUCUAUAGUAGCACAGAAAUGGUGGUGUCAGAUGCAGCCUUGUAUGGAGGGCGAGGAGUGUAAAGUUCUGCCUGAUCUGAAGGGCUGGAGCUGCAGCACAGGAAACAAAGUCAAGACAACCAAGGUCACACGAUAGUUUGGGAUCAAUAUGCAUUUGGGAUUAGCAGUGUUUUUUGGAUCAAAGAAAUGGAUAUGAAGACACAUUGACUUCAGUGUACUUCACAACUAUUUGAACUUGGACGUUGGAUGAUGAAUACUAAUAUUCCUCGGAAUGGACCAUUUGAACACAUGGAAAAACUUUUCUCUUCCCCCUCUAUUUUUGGUCUGCCGAACUCCUGUUUUUUGUUUUAUAUGACAUUGUUGGACAAGAUUAUCAUGCAUUAUGUAAAGUAAAUAUUUCAUAAGAUCAUCAAGACACCGUUCGACAACUUCACAGCAAUGGAUUACAUUUCUCCGACGCAAAUGUGGACUUAAAAGGUUCACUUACUACUUGAAUCAUGUGUGUUUCAGGAGCACCGCUAUUCAGUUCCCUGUCUUUUACCAGUAUUUUCUUCUAUGGGCAGAUCUGUUGAUCAGCGUGGGUGUUUGAUUUUUGGAUAUGCUUGUGGGACACUCGGCCCUAUUUCGAAAUGGACUUGUGCAGGCGAGAGGCGAGUAUAAAAAUAAGAAUUACAGUUAUUAAUAAUGGAUGAAAAGCCGUAGUGGUCUAGUGGACCGGUGAAAAUGAAGAUAGCAAAAAGAUUUAUUGUUUGUUUUUAAAAGCUUUGGUGGCCGCUAUUGAGUAACAGUGUCAGUAUUAUCUCCAAUAAAAGUAUCUCUAUGGGAAA